AUGCCACGCUUUGCUUGGCUACGACUUUUCCGACGGCACCGAUUUGUGCACCCGUUCUGGGCCCUUGAUCCUGAACCGCCCAUCGUGUCGGGGAAUCCACCCCUACAAAACGUGCGUUGGCCUAGUGCUUGGCUCUUGAGCAAACGGCGCCCCGCCGUCAGACCUGCGAACACCUGUUGUUGCACUGCAGUCGCGGGUUUCAUCUUGGACAACGUGGCUGUUGUUUCUUCUUCUAGAAUUCUGAAUGUGACAAGGAACGCGCUACAGCACGUCGUGAUCCAAGAUGAGUGGCGACGAGGCUGUUAUCGGAAGCGCACAUUCGACCGCCAACGCUGCUACACGAGGCCUAGACUCUGA